AUGGCUGUGCAAAUCAGAAGGAGUGCACGUAGUUCUACAGUGGACAUCCAAUCCAAGAGUCUUCAUACAGUGACAACCUUGGAACACAGAGUUGCCUUGGUGGAUAUCAUAAAUAAACCAUGCGGUUUUAAGUUGGCUGCAAAGAAGGAUGAAAUAAUACUUCUCCCAAAUACAAUAAAGUGUGCCUCUCCAAAAACGGAACCUGCAAAGAUGAGCAAACAACCAGAGGUUCUACAGCAAGAAUUCUUUCUAGAAGAUUUAGUAAAAAUUGAGGUACCACCAACUCCAAUGGACAUUUCAAUGUGCGUGUCAGAAGAACUGUGUGAUGCCUUCUCGGUCUCAGUCCUUCUUGUUGAAGAUAUUGAUAUAAAUGAUGGCAACAACCCAGUACUCUGCAGUAACUAUGUUAAAGAUAUCUACAAGUAUUUAAGACAACCAGAGGUCGAGCAAGCAGUGCAACCAAACUACUUGGCUGGGCAAGUGAUAACUGGAGCUAUGUGUGCUAUCUUAAUUGACUGGCUUGUGCAAGUUCAAGUAAAAUUUAAGCUACUUCCAGAAACGCUCUACUUGACUGUGUCCAUCUUGGACAGGUUUCUCCAGGAUAACCCAGUAACCAAGAAAAAUCUGCAACUUGUUGGUGUCACGGCAAUGUUUAUUGCUUCUAAAUAUGAAAAGGUUUAUUCUCCAGAAAUUGGGGACUUCGUCAUCAUCACUGAUAAUGCUUAUACUACUGCUCAAGUACGUCAAAUGGAGAGGUGGAUAUUGAAGAAACUCUGCUUUUCUCUUGGCAAGCCAGUUCCACUGCACUUCAUCAGAAGGGCAACAAAAGUUGCAGAUGUUAGUGCAGAACAACAUGCUCUUGCCAAAUACCUAAUGGAACUGACAAUAGGGGAUUAUGACAUGGCACAUUAUCCUCCAUCCCUGAUUGCAGCAGCGGCCGUCCACCUUGCUCAGAAACUCUUUAACUCUGGUGAAUGGACUCCCCUCUUGCAGUAUUACCUCUCGAAUGAAGAAGAGGAUUUGCUUCCAGUUAUGCAACACAUAGCAAAAAAUGUUGUCCAAGUCAAUAACGGUCUCACCAAGCAUAUGACUGUUAAGAACAAAUAUGCUAGAAAGAGUGAACUAAGGAUCAGCACCAUCUUGCAACUGACACCAGUCCUGAUUUUCAAUUUGUCAAGAUCAGUAAUCUCCAAACAAUAA